UGUCUGGUAUCCCCAUAUGCGAGCUUCCUGCAUAUCCCAUCAGAUAUACAUUACGACUUCGUUGCUGAUCAGGCAAGAAUGCGCAGUCACCGUGAGCUCAGGAGGAGGUUCCCGGAUUAUGGUUUUCAUUCUGACUACAUGUCAUAACCAUCACUGGUUAGGCUGAAAAUGCAAGUCCAUUACUAUUCUCAUGUGACCUUUCUUGUUACGCUUCUCGAUUCCAGUGGCGCACUCUCGGUGCCAUUAUGUUAUGCCUCCGGUGCACGAGGCGGCUGUAAGCCCCUUGGCGCGAAGCAGCCUGGUCGUAUCGAUGACGACUGGUUUGGUACUCAAGCUUAUUUACUGUACUCCAUGGACAGGGCCACUGGAGCUGAGGUCUACAGCUCCGGGGUCUUGUUAUGCAGCCAACUAUAAGCGCUUCACGAUACUACCCAUUAUGAGUGCUUCCAGGUAAAUAUUCC